CGAUGCUGCAGCUCCGGCCCCGGGACACCUGAACCCAUGAGAGAGACAUGCUCGCAUUCGUCCUGGUCUCUGGUUCACUCUGGAUUAUAUUAGAAUUGAGUUCCACUCUAAUGGAGAAGAUGCAGGCCCAGGAAAUGAUGAGUGGCCUGAGGAUACCAGAGAUGGACGAGCUCGGCCAGUUCUUCCGCUCGCUGCCGACCUCCACCUUGGUGGGCAUUGGGGCCUUGACAGCUGUGUUGGCGUACUGGUUUGCCACCAGGCCUCGACCCAUCAAGCCUCCCUGUAGUCUCCUUCACCAGUCUGAGGAAGUACCGUAUGAAGGUGGAGGUCGAAGAUCCAUGAUGGGAGACCCGUCUAGGUUGCUGACUCAUUACCAUGACGAUGCCAGGACCAUGUAUGAGGUCUUCCAGAGGGGUCUUCAUAUAUCUGGUGACGGACCCUGCCUGGGCUCUCGACUCCCAAACCAGCCCUACAAAUGGUUGUCCUAUAAAGAGGUUAGUGCCCGGGCAGAGCAUCUGGGAUCGGGCCUUCUGCACCAGGGCUGCCAACCCAACCCCAGCCAGUUCAUUGGAGUGUUUGCACAGAACAGGCCUGAGUGGAUCAUCUCAGAGUUGGCUUGUUACACCUACUCCAUGGUGGUGGUUCCGCUUUAUGACACGCUUGGUGCAGACGCUAUACGGUUUAUCAUUAACACUGCUGACAUCUGCACCGUAAUCUGCGACAAAGUGGAAAAAGCUCAGGUUCUUUUGGAAAAUGUGGAGCGGAAGGAGACACCAAAGCUGCAGAGAAUCAUUCUGAUGGAUGCCUUUGGCUCGGAGCUCGAGGAACGUGGCAAGGGUUGUGGUGUCCAUGUGCAGGCACUUCUGGAAGUUGAGGCUCUGGGCAGAGAGCACUACAGAAAACCUACCCCACCAGCGCCUGACGACCUGUCUAUUGUGUGUUUCACCAGUGGGACGACAGGAAACCCCAAAGGGGUCAUGCUCACUCAUGGAAACGUAGUGGCAGAUUUUGCAGGAUUCCUUAAAGUCACAGAUAAAGUAAUUUUUCCAAAUCAGGAUGAUUGCCUCAUCUCCUUCCUGCCGCUGGCCCACAUGUUUGAGAGACUAAUUGAGAAUGUGGUCUACUGUCACGGAGGGCGGAUCGGGUUUUAUCAGGGCGACAUCCGGCUCCUGCCGGACGACAUGAAGGCCCUGCGGCCGACCAUUUUCCCCGUGGUGCCUCGGCUGCUCAACCGCAUGUAUGACAAGAUUUUUAGCCAGGCAAACACCCCUUUGAAACGCUGGUUGCUCAACUUCGCUGCCAAGAGAAAAGGGGCCGAGGUCAGCAGAGGGAUCAUUCGCAGUGACAGCAUCUGGGACAAGAUCUUCUUCAGUAAAAUUCAGGCCAGCCUGGGAGGAAGGCUGAGGAUGAUUAUAACAGGAGCAGCUCCUACCUCACCCAGCGUCCUGAGUUUUCUCAGAGCAGCUCUUGGUUGCCAGGUAUAUGAAGCGUACGGACAAACAGAGUGCACGGCUGGAUGUACCUACACCACACCUGGAGACUGGACCUCAGGACAUGUUGGGGCUCCACUGCCGUGUAACCUCAUUAAACUGGUGGAUGUUCCUGAGAAGAACUACUUUGCAUCUAAGGGUGAGGGAGAGGUCUGUGUGAAGGGACCAAAUGUGUUUAAAGGCUACCUCAAAGACCCAGAGAGAACUGCCGAGACGUUGGACACAGACGGUUGGCUACACACCGGAGAUAUCGGCAAAUGGUUACCUAAUGGUACGCUGAAGAUCAUUGACAGGAAAAAGCACAUCUUUAAGCUGGCGCAGGGCGAGUACAUCUCCCCUGAGAAGAUUGAAAACAUCUAUAUCAGGAGUGAACCGGUGGCACAGCUCUAUGUUCAUGGAGAUAGUCUGCAGUCCUGUUUGGUGGGAAUUGUGGUCCCUGAUCCUGAAGUGAUGCCUGAGUGGGCCAAGAAGAAAGGCAUCCUGGGAACCUACAAGGACCUCUGUAAAAACACGGAACUAAAGAAGGCCAUCCUUGAAGAUCUGGUGCGUCUGGGUAAAGUCAAUGGCCUCCUGUCUUUUGAGCAGGUAAAGAAUAUCUACAUCCACAAUGAGAUGUUUUCCAUCGAGAACGGGCUCCUGACGCCGACGCUGAAGGCCAAACGACCUGAGCUGAAGGAGUUCUUCAAGAAGAGGAUCGACGAUCUCUACAGCAGCAUCUCCAUGUGAAGGCCGCCAUGAGCAUCCUGACGCUAAAGAUCUGCUUAGACCUGCAGAGGGACAAUUCUACAUCCCAGAACCAUGCUUUGGGAAAGUAAACUAAAACUGUCCUAAAUGUGGAGGAUUUAAACUGGCUGUUCAGAACAACUUAAACUAGGAAUAAAAAAAAAAAAACCUGACACUUCACAUCGUCAUAUUUAUUUCUUCAUAUUUUUUGUUUUUUUUGCAUUUGCUGCAUAAAUAUACAGAGCUAUAUGCUUGAGAAAAUAAGUUUUCUUUGUGUCAUUAAUUUGCCACAUAUAACAAUUCAAAACACAAGAAACAAAUCAGUGUUAAACACUGAACUGUCCAGCAGAUGAAAGCAUAGAACUGCAUGUACCGCAUAUGCAAAGCAGUGCUUUCUUUUAUUUUAUUUUUUUUUUGUUUCGUUUUUAUCAGAAUGAAACAGUAAAUUCCUAAGAAAUACAUAUGACCAUGUGCAUCGUGUUCCAUUAUGUCUUUUUUUUAUAUUGGUUUUAAAUUAGGCAUUUUAAAUCUUACCAACACUGCUACCUGCUAUUUAUCUAAACAAAUCAGCUCAGAUCCUCGUAGCAGGGGGAAAAAAACCCAGCACUGAGCAGAACGUCCCUCCCCUUUUUCUCUCCCUCUCUUCCCCUCGCCAUCAGUUUAAACAGCUACACAACCAACAAAGUGUCUGAUCACGAGUUUGAUGUAAUUGUGUGUAGAGUAGCUACAAGUGGAAAGAAAAACCUGCAAUUCAAUCAGAGGCUCUCCUACAGCGCGGACCGAACAAUGUGAACCUGGAGCUUCUGCAAAAAUCCUUCAAAUCACUCCCCUGUUUUGUGGAUGGGGGGGCAUUUCCUCCACUUAAACUCUGUUUUUAACCCAUUCAUUGUAGGAAGGGUCAUCAUGAGGGGACUGUGGCCAGACAUUCAACAUGCAUGCACUUUUUUCACUGUAAAGAUCUGGCCCAGAUUAAGCUGUCAUCUCAGCUGGUGCAAUCACUGCUUGAUUUUUCCAUUCAUUUCUGCAAAAAGAAGAGGUCUGGUAAUGAGCAACAACAACAAAAAAAGACUGAAUAAAAUGAAUGCAAAACCAGGGAUUAGGGCAAAGCAUGCAGUUUGCCAUGCAAUACUGAAACCCUCUGACUUUCAAUGAAAACGGUUUAAACAUGUUAAACCAUUUCAGGUUACUGGGUUAUAUACCCCUGAUCAAGUAAAUGGAAGUUAAUAGAACAAACAACUCUUUUAAAACAUAGGGUACAUCUGUUUUGUUUGAAGGGUUUACAUAUAGUAGUAAUGCAAAUGCUUUUAAAGUUGAUUACCGUCCCAAAGCAUAAACAAUGUGGAUGUAAAUAAACGAGGACAGGUUAGAUGUAAGCAUAUUUAUUAAAAUCAGCCGUAUGAUUGAUUUUGUUUUUCUUUUUUGUUCCUCUCUCUCUUUUUUUGCGUGUUGUAGGAAGAAUUGUCCCUUAUUUAUUUAUGUAUUCUGAUGUACAAUGGAAUCAGCACCAUAUCCUUGUAAUGAUUGAUCGAUGCAAAAGGGAUGAGGGAGGUCGGGGGAACGGGUGCAGGGCAGUGAAAUAAAAGAUAUUCUGGAAUGGUUUUAAA